AGCCCAAGGUGCACCUCACACCAAAAACCCUCAUACAAAUCCUUGCUAUAGAUAGCUCUCACGUUUCUCCUUUAACAACCAUCUCUACACCCAUCAGUUUUCUACCCACCAGCUGAUCGCCAUUGUAGCCUUCCCUCUGCAACUUGGUAUUGUUGGAGUUUGAACUCUAAAGCGUAGAGAGCUCGAAGGAUCAUGGAUAGAGUUACGCAAUUGGCAUCAGAGAGGGCAGUGGUGAUAUUUAGCAGGAGCACUUGUUGCAUGUGCCAUGCCAUAAAGACCCUGUUGUGUGACUUUGGAGUGAACCCGACGGUGCAUGAGCUGGAUGAGAUACCUAGAGGAAGGGAAAUAGAACAAGCACUGUCGAGACUUGGUUCCCCAACCCUGCCGGCGGUGUUCAUUGGCGGUAUACUUGUGGGUGGAGCCAAUGAGGUCAUGAGUCUUCACCUUAAUCGCUCCUUAAUCCCAAUGCUUAGACGCGCUGGGGCAUUAUGGGUUUGAAUUAAAUAAUAUUAAUGAAUUAACUCCAUGGCCAUGCAUCAGCCAACUCUAAUAUCUACAUAUAUAUAUAUAAUCAAAAUAACGAGCAUGGAUGCGUUUUUGUCAUAAUGCUAGAGUGCAGGAUGAAUGGAUUAUUAGGUUAUUAUGUAGUUAUUUAAAGCUUAAUUAAUAAUCCUUUUUUGAUGUCAUCGAUGUAAUGUAAUAAAAGUAGUUUUGCUAAUAAAAUAAACAGCUUUCUUUUUUA